AUGUCAUUGCUGAUAUGAACUAAGAGUGUUUGUAUCAUAACCUGAUUUUUUUUUUUUACUCCUCCUUGUGCGUCUGCUUUUUAAGCACAGUGACUCUGCAGAGGACACCACCUCUCAUCGCGAGGAGAACUGCGACUCUCACUGUUCAGUGCACACUGGUCCCCGCACCUAUCUGAGCUCCACCAUGAGUGAGCGUUUUGACUGCUUCUACUGCAGAGACAACCUGCAGGGCAAGAAGUAUGUCAACAAAGAUGGCAAGCAUGUGUGUGUGCGCUGCUUCGACAAGCUCUGUGCCAACACUUGUGCUGAGUGUCGCAAGCCAAUUGGUGCUGAUGCAAAGGAGUUCAACCAUAAGAACCGCCACUGGCAUGAGGACUGCUUCCGCUGUGCCAAGUGUUACAAGCCGCUGGCCAAUGAGCCCUUUGCUGCAAAGGACGAUGGCAAGAUCAUGUGUGGAAAAUGUGGUGCGCGAGAGGACUCACCUCGCUGCCAGGGCUGCUACAAAGUGAUUAUGCCAGGUUCUCAGAAUGUGGAAUACAAGAAUAAGGUCUGGCAUGAGGAGUGUUUCACCUGCUUUGAAUGCAAGCAGCCAAUCCGCAGUCAGAGCUUCCUCACCAAGGGUGACAAUAUGUACUGCACUCCCUGCCAUGAGAAGAAAUUUGCCAAACAAUGUGUCCGCUGCAAAGAGGCCAUCAACAAAGGUGGGAUCACCUAUCAGGACCAGCCGUGGCACUCUGAGUGCUUUGUGUGCCAAACGUGCAGGAAGCCUCUGGCUGGAGCUCGUUUCACAGCCCAUGAGGAUCAGUUCUACUGUGUGGACUGCUAUAAGACUUCUGUGGCCAAAAAGUGCUCUGGGUGUCAAAAUCCAAUUACAGGAUUUGGAAGAGGGACCAACGUGGUGAACUACGAGAACAACUCCUGGCAUGAAUACUGCUUUAACUGCAAAAAAUGCUCUCUUUCCCUGGCCCACAAGCGCUUUAUCAUCAAUGGAGAGGACAUCUACUGCCCUGACUGUGCCAAAAAGCUGUGAUGGCCUAAAAUGGAUGGUUGAUAAAAUGGAUUAGCAAAAGCAAUUAAGAUGAAUAUUAUGAAAUAUGUAUAAAAAAAAAAAAUUAAAAAAAAGGACAAAAAACACAUGUAGUGCAGCUUUAAGAAAAGAAAACCAGUGAUGUUUAUCUUGAUAAAUCACUGAAAGUUUGAGAUUCAUUUUAACAUUCUUUGAGCAGAUAGUAAGUGCUAUUUGAAGGGUUUUUCUAAUGCAAAAUAUAAGAGUUAACUGCAACCAUAAACACAUUAACUGGAUUCACAAACCUAAAAUAUUUUAAACUUCUUAAGCUUUGCUUUAAUUUUAAACUGUGUAAUGUCAGAAAGGGAAUACAACAUACAUUAAUGGAUGCUGUGUUGAAACUUGUUACAAUACAAAUAAAAUGGUUUGAUGUUGCUUUGUGUAAAAA